AUGGAGGACAACGUUGAAUAUCCUCCGAAUUGCUUGCCCAUAGUAAGCACCAGUAGCAACAGUGAGCUCCUCAAGAGGCUAAAGAUUUUGUCAGAAGCACUGGAGGCCUCUGAUACCAACGAAGGUUGUGGUCAACCCGAUCGUUACCGCGGCUUGAUAUGCCAUCUCUCAAAUUCUCGCUUCCUCGCCAAUAAUAAUAAAGAUGUGCAGAUUUGGUUGGCUUGUUGUCUGGCUGAUAUACUUCGUAUUUUCGCACCCAAUGUUCCUUUGGGAGAUCCAACACAGUUAAAGAAUCUGAGCGUAGUCAGUACAUUGGUGUUGUGUCUUGAACUGCCUCACGAUGACACCAGUCAAGUAAUUCGAAUGCUUAUCAAAACUGCAAUGGAAGUUGCCAACGGAAGGGAUUGGAAAGGUGAAAUCCGCGAAACAUCGGAUGAUGGAUCUGCUGCGGAUGAUGACGACAAGUCCGAAACUCGGGACAAGGUUAUUGCUCUCCUAAUAGGAAUGAUCACAAAGUUGCUGAGGGAUGUAGAUCAAGUCUCCGUAGAAGUUCUGGACGUUCUGUUUUUCUACCUCAUUAACCCACAAAAGCUUAACAAUCGUGAAUCUUAUAACAUGGCUCGACAAAUAAUACAAAUUUCUCAAACCUCCCUUGAAGCAGCUAUUCAGUCUUUACUUACGCAGUCGCUACUAGCUGGAGGUCUUCCGCAAGAGUGUGAUUUGGUUGGAAACGCUCGGAAAAAACUCUACGACGUUAUAUUGGAAUUGCAUGGAAUUGCUCCUGAACUUAUGGCUCCAGUGAUUCCUCAGUUAUCUUCUGCGUUACGAUCAGAAGAUGAUCAGCAGCGUUUGCUAGCCACGAAACUCGUUGGUAAAUUGGUGUCUAACGCAAAAACUCGUUUUUAUGACGAUCAUCCGAAGCUUUGGAAAGUCUACAUGGGCAGAUUCAAGGACACUUCCAAUGAAGUGCGAGAAGUUUGCGCUAGAGACUCGCACGAAAUGCUUCUACGACAUAGCCAAUUAAGAGGGCAGAUUUCCUCAGCCCUAGGCAGUCUCACUCGUGAUCUCGAUGAUUCAGUCCGCCACACAGCCGUUCUUUGCGUUAUAGAAACUGCGAGAAAAAAGCUUGAAGCGGUUAACGAGUCACUGAUUAUUGCUUGCUGUGACAGAAUGAAGGAUAAGAAGCCAAAAAUCCGCCAAGACGUUAUCGCUAAGCUACUGCAUCUGUACUUCAAAGUGGUUAUGGGUGAUGAAUACACAGCGUCAGAGAUCGCUGCGGUUGCGAUUAUCCCGAAGAGGGCUCUGGCAUUAUACAUGUUGGCCAGCAUGACAGAAGAA